UUUCGUAUGCAGCAGCUGAUAGAUGAUGUGACGAUAAAUACAAAAAAGAAAAAAAAUUUCGACGUUUAAUUAAUAUGUAACACAACAGCUACGCUACGAGGUUUAAUUAAAAUUCCAAAUUUCCAAAUUGUGCUGUGUUUGUGUGCUCGCAAAUAAGCAGACUGUGCGUUCAGCCACAGUCCAGCAAGGGCAAGUCCAACCAAAUUUGUUGUUUUGUUCCAAUCAAAAAAACUAAAAAAGCCCCAACGAGUGAAAGUUUUCUCGUCUUUGUUUUGUAAUUGUAAUUGUUUUUUUCUUGGCUGCCAUUUUUGAGCCAAUAUUCACACGUUGGCCGUCCAAGUCGAAAGUUUUGUCGAAAGUGAAGAAGUGGUGGAAAAGUGGAAGUCCGUAACACGUCGAGAGCCAGAGCUUAAAGCCAAUUUGUUUGUCUUUGUCGCCGCAAAAGAUGUGCGAUACCAGCGACAAGGCGCAGAAAUGGAAAUGUGAAAUAUGCACCUAUGAGAAUUAUCCAUCAUCACUAAAAUGCACAAUGUGCCAGGCAUCCAAACCGUUGCUGAACGAGGAUAUUUUUCGUCUCAGUCCAGCGCAGACAAUACACGACAACUACAACAAUGCAGAAGAGGCGGCAGCUGGUCUGCCAGUCGAGCCCACAUCCACAUGCUUUGCAUGCCCAUCACAGCAGCAUCCACAAUCCCAGUCCCAGUCCCAGCCUCAGCAGACGCGGCACAGCAACGUAGCUGAUAGCGAGAAAUGGGCCUGCAAAGUGUGCACCUAUCUAAACUGGCCACGCAGCCUACGCUGUGUGCAAUGCUGCACGAAACGAGGAGCUGCAGAUAAAGAGACCAAUGAGGCCGGCGAAGCGCUGCAAGCUUUACGCAUUAGCGGCUCCGAUACGGAUCUCAAUGCCACGGAACAUGGCAGUAGGCAGUUAAUUGGCGCUGUUGCUUCCAAUUUAAAUCGACGUAAUGCCAGUCCCAGCUUGGAACAGCAGCAAAUCUGCAGCAAUUCAACGCAUCUCAAUAAUAUAGCCAAUACAUCUCACAGCCAGCAACAGCAACCGCAGCAGCAGCAGCAACAGUUAACAAACCAACAGCAACAGCAGCAACAGCACCACCACCACCAAAUUUCUUCUGCGCAGCAGAAGCUAUGCCAUGUGGCUAAAUGGGCGUGCAAUUCGUGCACAUACGAGAACUGGCCCAAGAGUCUCAAGUGCUCCAUGUGCGGCAAAACGAGGGAAUUGAGCAACUCAGGCUCACAGUCCGACUUGCAUGCAUGUGCCAGUAAUUCCGGCAGCAACAAGCAGCUAAAUCAGCACGAGGAACAGCAACAGCAGCAGAUAAACACGGACACUGUCAGUGUCAACAAUUCGGUCAAUAAGAAGCAUAUUUAUCAACUAGGUUCCUCGGAAACCAUCAACAACUGUGAUACGCUACAAGAACGCCAGGAGCGUCGUCAGCGUCAGAUAAGGCGCCAGGUCGACUGGCAGUGGCUUAAUGCCUGUCUUGGCGUUGUGGAGAAUAAUUACAGUGCUGUGGAGGCGUAUCUCUCGUGCGGUGGCAAUCCAGCUCGUUCGUUGACCAGCAAUGAAAUUGCCGCCUUGAAUCGGAAUUCGGCUUUCGAUGUGGGUCACACGCUCAUUCAUCUAGCCAUACGUUUCCAUCGCGAGGAAAUGCUGCCGAUGCUGUUGGCACAGAUCUCUGGCUCUGGGCCGGGUAUUAAACGUGUGCCGUCGUAUGUGGCACCCGAUCUGGCAGCGGAUAUACGUCGCCAUUUCUCCAACACGCUACGCAUACGCAAAUCCGGCCUGCCCUGUCAUUAUGUUCAGAAACAUGCUACAUUCGCGCUGCCCUCAGAGAUUGAAGAGCUGCCCAUUCCUAUACAGGAGCAGCUUUACGAUGAACUUCUCGAUCGCGAUGCACAGAAACAGUUGGAAAUGCCGCCGCCGGCACUUAAUUGGUCGCUGGAGAUAACCGCCAGGCUAAGCUCACGUCUUUUGGUACUUUGGAAUCGCAGUGCCGGGGAUUGUCUGCUCGACUCAGCAAUGCAGGCCACCUGGGGAGUCUUCGAUCGCGACAACAUACUUCGGCGCGCCCUGGCUGACACUUUACAUCAGUGUGGACAUGUUUUCUUUACCCGCUGGAAAGAAUAUGAAAUGCUGCAGGCAUCAAUGCUGCACUUUACGCUGGAGGAUUCACAAUGGGAGGAGGAUUGGAGCACGCUACUCUCUUUGGCCAGCCAACCGGGUUCUUCAUUGGAGCAGUUACACAUUUUUGCCCUGGCCCACAUAUUAAGACGUCCAAUCAUUGUCUAUGGUGUUAAAUACGUGAAGAGCUUUCGUGGCGAAGAUAUUGGCUAUGCUCGAUUUGAAGGAGUCUAUCUACCUUUAUUCUGGGAACAAAACUUUUGUACAAAAUCGCCCAUUGCGUUGGGCUAUACACGUGGUCACUUUAGCGCCCUGGUGCCCAUGGAGCCAUUCUCUCGUAUCGAUGGACGGCGGGAUGAUGCCGAGGAUGUCACUUAUCUGCCCUUAAUGGACUGCGAACUGAAGCUGUUGCCCAUACACUUUCUUACACAAUCGGAAGUGGGCAAUGAGGAAACAAUGAUGCGUCAAUGGUUGGAUGUGUGUGUCACAGAUGGAGGGCUGCUGGUGGCACAGCAAAAGCUAUCCAAGCGACCGCUGCUGGUGGCACAAAUGCUGGAGGAAUGGCUGAAUCAUUAUAGACGCAUUGCACAAGUGAUAACUGCACCCUUUGUGCGUAGGCCGCAGAUUAGCCACUAUUCGAGCGAUGGGGAUUCGGAUGAGGAAUAGCGGCGACAAAGGUCAAAGGUCUUCUGUAACUGAAAUUUCCCGCUUGAUUAAUGGAUUGGAAAUGGAUUGGUUAUGAAAGCCUAAACAUAUACAGUGAAAAAAAAAACAAAGAAACAAAAGUAAUUUAUAUAUAUAUUUUAAUUUGGUAGCAGGCAACAGUUGUACUCGAUUGAUCCUAUACACAUGCAAUUAGCAAAUGGAAUCUAAAUAGAGAGAUAUAUAUAGUAUAUAUAUAUAAAUGUAUGAGUGUAUAUCUAUAUAAAUAUAUGCAUAACAGUUAUUAAGUUGUAGUUUCAGGCAAAG